AUGUUCCAAAUUAUUAUCGAGGAUCUAAAGAAGAUUCAAACAGUUGCAGCUACACCUUGUCGAUCGAAUGAUUCAGAUAGCACUUUUGAACAGUAUGUUUGGUCACCGCAUUUUGAGUGGGUUCUGGAUAAUGAUGGGAUAUUUAACAAUGAAAAUGUUAUGCCAAAUAUUGUUUACGUAAUCUGGAUCGAAUUAUUAGACGAAUCGUCUCUGUUGAAUAAUGAUGUUCUGAUGAAGGUAACUGAAAUCGUUCGACCAGCCUAUGAUCAACUUCCUAUUUAUGAUGCGUGGGUUCUGGAUAAUGAUGGGAUAUUUAACAAUGAAAAUGUUAUGCCAAAUAUUGUUUACGUAAUCUGGAUCGAAUUAUUAGACGAAUCGUCUCUGUUGAAUAAUGAUGUUCUGAUGAAGGUAACUGAAAUCGUUCGACCAGCCUAUGAUCAACUUCCUAUUUAUGAUGCGCCAUGGAAUGAAUCAGAAAUGCCAGCUGAUGCAGGGUUAUUGUCAGUUCACUGUUUGCAAAAUCGGCCCAAAAAUAAAAUCAAUCCAGCUGCUAUAUAUUCAGGAUUAGUAGUUUGGCGUGAUAUGGAAUGUCGACGAAUUGCCUUAUGGUCGGUAGCAACCGGACUUGUUUACUUUCGCCAUCAACAAUGCCAAAAUAUUGCGAUAGGUGCUUGGCUUGAUUUUGUUGUUCGGAUUCGGCAUGGUGGUGUUUUAGAAGCUCAUAAAUUGAAGUAUUCAGAGAUCCAGAUGGUACCGACAAGGGAGUUUGAGGGUAAAGCUCAGAUAUGUCAGAAAAUGAAGAUACCGGAAAAUUCACCCGAAAAAGAUUGGAUUUGGGAGAGUGAUGUUGUUGGAAAAGUUUUGGUAGAUUCGGAGCAAUUUAAAAACUCAGUGAUGGAUCAGUGGGAUGAUUUAGCUGGAAGUAUUGCAUAUGUCUGGAUUUCUUGCGAUCAGUUUAACUCUACAGUGCGUUGGAAAUUUCAUUCUUUCGUCCAGCCUAACGAAUACACAGAAACAGAAGAAGAUGCUGAAAAUAUUGAACGUUUCGCAGAUUUGGUUAUAUUGUAA